AUGUCAUCAAACGCCAGUACCGAGAAGCCUACAGGCGCUGGGGAGCGACCCAUCACGACAGCUUCGCAAGUCGAAAAGGAUGAUGACUGGGAAUUCGUGAAUGAAAAAGAAAGCCAACCAUCGGAUGAUCAAGUCAAGGAGAAUGACUUGGAGAAGAGCAAUGAAGAGUCUAAGAAAGAAAUGUCCGACGAGGAACGCAAGAGAGAAUUGAACAAGACAAAGUGGGAGGGUAUGCAACAACAGUCUGGAGGGGUCUAUCCUCACCGAGAGGUCAAAGUCCCAAGCUAUCCCAAAUUCAUGGGAGAUUGGUAA